UCCACUCACAAGCAGCUACUGUGAUUUUCACUACUGAAAUCUGAUUCUUUUUUAUUCUCAAAAGUUUUUUUGACACCACAUCUCAAACUCAGGUGGACAUAAAGAGCUGAGUUGGUGGCACUUUGGAUUUGACGCGCUGUCAGGACAGGUCACUUGCCUCCACCCUGUUAAAAUCGCAGGUUUGUGAAAUGUCAUCUUCCUUUUCAUCUCGUCCAGGCCUGUGUGCUUAACACCCGAUAGCCACCCUGAGAGGAUUUCAGCAGACCUGGAAAGACUGUCUGGCAGCUGAACUGAGGAGGUGGAUUUGGACGAAGCUCGUGUUUUUUUCUGUUAUUGUGGAUAGUUCCGUGCUUAGCGUUUUUGCUUCUUUAGGCGGUGAAUGGUUGGCACAGCAGGCCCAGUGAUUUCUCAGAAUCAUAUGGGAGUUUCAAGAGUACGGGGGUCUGGGAUCACCAAAGACUGAAACGCAAUCUCCCAUUUUCAGUGACUCGGUGAGCCUGUUACACCACUAGAUAUUUCAGUUUCAGGGUUACAAGAUGACAAUAGCAUCUAUCAAGUCCAUCUUCAGCGAGGCUGGACAUUGAAACUCUGCGUGACCACUGAGCCGGACCUUGAAGAUUGAAUGAGCAUGUUUGGCACAGUACUUAUCCGUCUGAAUCCCCACCUUGUAGCAACAGGUUACGCACCUGGCCUCCCUCAAAUGCACUUAUAGCGCGCGGCUUUGACUUUACUCUUCUCUCAGCACUGCGAUCUUUAUACAUUUCUCCCAUUAUGGUGGAACACAGUGGCCUGGAUAUUAUGUGCCUAAACAAAUACCGUCACAGUUCCUCCUCAUCGUCCAGCUCCGAGCAAGAAAAGAAGAUUUUCACCAAACUAAAACUCAAUUUGUCAGGGGACUACCCGAAGAAGAACGCAGAGAUCCUCAGCGGUCAGUACGGGGCCAAUUUGCUGCUGAUCGGGGCGGCGUUGAUGCUGGCCAUCGCGAACCAUGGCCCCUCUGUCCAGGAAGAGCACCUGCUGUCCUUUGUCACCGGCCUCAUGAUCCUCCAGCUGAUCUGGAUGAUGUGGUACAUCCUGGUGCGGGACAGACGGACGAACACGCGGACUGAGAGAGAUGUCCACGCCACUACAUGUUGGAUAAGAGGUGGUUUGACUCUCCUUGCGCUGCUUUCACUGAUUAUGGACGCUUUCCGAAUCGGGUAUUAUGUUGGCUAUCAGUCUUGUGUGUCGGCUGUGCUUGGGGUAUAUCCUGUCAUCCAUGCAACUCACACCAUAGCACAGGUGUAUUUUCUCUGGUUUCACAUCAAGGACGUCAUCAAGAGUUUUGAAACAUUUGAGAGAUUUGGUGUAAUCCAUGCAGUCUUCACCAACCUCCUCCUGUGGAGCAAUGGCGUGAUGUCAGAGGCCGAGCACUUCUUGAACAACCAUAUGAGAAGACUCUCUGCCCUGGGCUACAGAAACCUCACUAUAGAUCACUCAGAGCCUUCUUGUAACUGCACCACUAGCACUUGCUCCAUGUUCUCCAGCACCCUCAGCUAUCUCUAUCCCUUCAACAUUGAAUAUCACAUCUUUGUCUCCGCCAUGCUCUUUGUCAUGUGGAAAAACAUUGGACGGACCAUUGACCUCUCCUCAAAUCGGAAAAGGCUGACUACGAAAACCCAGAGCUUGACAUUGGGCCCCAUUCUGGGUCUACUUGCCCUGGCGAGCACCAUUGGGAUCCUGGUGGUUUACAUCACCAAUGUGGAGCAGUCCCUCCAAACACGUCAGUCAGCCAUUUCUAUGUUCUACAUUUAUGGCAUCGUCAUGCUCGUGUUCAUGUGCUCUGCUGGUGCUUCAGGUCUGCUCAUAUACCGAGCGGACCACAUGCCGUUGGACACCUCCAAGAACCCAUCCAGACAGCUGGACACAGAGCUGCUGUUUGGAUCCUCUAUCGGCUCCUGGUUGAUGUCCUGGUGCAGCAUAGUGGCUGUUUUAGGCACAAACAGCAGCCCUCCUUACCGCUGGACCAACCUUAUCUACUCUCUGCUCAUUGUGUUGGAGAAGUACGUCCAGAAUCUCUUCAUCAUAGAGUCUCUUUACCGCCAGCAAGAGGAUGGAGAGCGGGAGGAUCCUGAGUUACCAGCUGCUCCUAAAAUCUUCUCAGUGACUUCUUCUUUGGCCCCACCGUAUGAUGGCAUCAUCAACCGAGCCUAUGAGACUCCAGACAGGACCUGUGUUACCAUGGAGAAUGAGCAGGAAGAGAGCGGACAGGUGUACAGCUGUCCGAGGAAACCUUCUGAGGUGCCUCUUCCCGUGGGAAACAAAGUAGUGGAAACCCUGAAUGUUAAGAGGCAAAUCCUGAAGAACAUUGCUGUGUUCCUGAUAAUGUGCAACAUUUCGCUGUGGAUCCUCCCUGCCUUUGGCUGCCGGCCGCAGUACGACAACGGGCUGGAACAGGAGACAUACGGCUUCAACAUAUGGACCACAGUUCUCAAUUUUGCCGUCCCUCUGAACCUUUUCUACCGCAUGCACGCUGUUGCUUCCCUCUUCGAGGUGUUCCGCCGGGUCUGACAGAAUAGUAGAUGUCUGACAAUGCUAGAUAACAUGCACAAGAACACUUGUCACCACCGGCUCCCGAGAGUGUCUCACAGCGCAGGUCAACCGUUCAGGAGGCAGUCUGGGUCAGACUCCAACAGACUUGAAAGCAAGCCGUGGAGACAAACAAAACACAGAUCCCUCAGUGUGGGGAUUACAGAAGAAGACGAACCUAUUAGCCUGCGUUCCUUGAAGAAUUACUUUGUAAACGCGAGGCUUUUUUGUUCUGUAGUCAUGUUUCAGUAGGUUUUCCUGACUGGUACAUUAUAUAAAAUAUAUAUGCUGUAUCUGACACGCACAUUUUGUUCUGUUUCAUGUUAGUGACUUAAACUAUGUAAUAGACUACUCACUUGAUUACCAUGAACAUACUACAGUCAAGCCACUGAAACACCUGUUAGUCUCAAAUAUCAAAUAAGGGGAUAGUACUGUAUUUGACAGAACCACAAGUGCAAUGGUGUAGCCCUUGAUCCAUAUUUUAUCUGCAUUUGAAAUAUGCAUAUGGAUGAGGUUCUCAGUUUCUUCUCUUAGAAGUUCAAGUAGUUAAUGGAACAGCAUGCAACACUUGAGCUACAAAAAGAGUGACAAUCUUUGCACAGCACUAUGUUUUGAAUAAUCUUUAUGUGUUGGACUACAGUUCUCAGAACCAGCACCUGCCUCUCUCAAUCAUUUAAGGUUCAUCAGUUUCCUCUUGUAGGCUGAUAAUUCCCUAUUCUGUGAAAAUGAAUGGUAAUUAUGUUCAAAAUGGGUAGCGCUGUUUUGAUUUUGCUGGAGUACAAGGUCAGAUCGCAAAUUUACUGCCAAACAUUUGUUCCAUCUUGGUUUAAUAUUGUUCAUAUCAGGUGCGUCUAUAUAAUAAGAAGUAGGAAUCUGCUGAAGCUUGACAGUCACUAUAUUCUAAACUCCUCCUGUAUCAGAAAAGUUCCAGGAUUAUUACACCAACAUGAAUAUGAAGGACUGUAUGUUUACACAUGAAGAAUCAGCUUUAAAAGUCAUCCCAGCCUGUGCCAUUACACAUUUCUUUUUGAUAUUACACACACAUAGAUAUGUACUGUACAGUUUUAUAUCAAAUCAAUGUAUCAUUUCAGACGUCUAGCAAGUUAUCAACCUGGUGCUAUCCACUGUAUAUGUUCUCACUAUUUGUGCCAACUUGUAGUAAAAUCCUCGUUUGUUUUUUUUAGGUGAAAACUGCAAUAUUAUAUUGUAUAUCAUCUUUGUAAAUACUGUCAUGCUGAUCAAAAUCAUCUUUCAGACACUGUGAUGCGAUUUUGUGAAAUUCAGAUGAAAUGGUGCUCAUGAAAU